AUGAAGGAUUUCCUUCGUUUGUACAGCAGUCUCGUUCAACGCUGCUUUGACGAUUGUGCCAAUGACUUUACCACUAAAUCCAUCACUGGCAAAGAGGAAGCAUGCGUGAACAAAUGUGCCGACAAGUUCUUGAAGCAUUCGGAACGCGUGGGUGCCCGCUUUGCUGAGCUCAGCCAAACCAUGACACCUCCUGGUUCGCAAUAA